GUUAUUAGUUAAUGCCUUAACUGGUCCGGUAUCGCUAUUACCGAAUUACCGUCGGUAUUUACCGAUACUGGGACCGGUAAACCGAGCUUCCCCAUUUGACCCUCGGCUACCGAUACCGCCGGUUACCGGUUCGGUAAAACGGUAAACCGUUUACCGACUUACCGUUUGUCACCACUAGUGUUGGGUUUCUUGUGGGUAGCAAGGAGAGGUGUUGUCGAGUAGGAAUAGAAGUUCGGGUAGUAUUAGGUUUACGUAUUAGGUUUAUUUCUUAUAUAAAUAUGUCAGUUCUACAUUAGUUCGUAUCAAUCAAAUAAAUCAAAGGUUUAUAGACACAAACGUCUUUCUCUCGCUUGUGAGUUACAAGCAAAACUCUUGAAUUGUGGGUUACGAUUCAUCACAAUCGAUGCUUCAUUACUUUGUGGUAGCAAGAUCCCUAAUUAGCAAAUCCAAAAACCUAGUCUCGCCCCGCCGGAGAUGAUGUUGCAGCGGCAGAAGAACUAUGCGGAGACCGCAAAAUGAGACUCCCAUUUUGGGGCAAAGAAGUGGAAAAUACCCACCAUAUAAUAAUUAUUUUUUAAUUUUUUAUUUACAUGUCAUUAAUUUAACGGUCCAGUCAGCAAUUUUGUUUGCCACGUCAUAAAAAAACUAACGGAGUUAACGGAGUCUGACGGAGACUAACGGCCGGUGACCAACGGUGAAACUAAUCGUAAAGUUAGUGGCGAAUAUGAAAGAAAAGUAAUUCGGGUGGUAAACGUGAAAAAUUUAUGUAAUUUGAGUGACCAAACAUAUAAUUUAACCAAUAUUUUCUCCACCAGGGGCCGACUACCGUGACAACCCCUAAGGGGGUUAUCAAUUUCGCUUCCCCCCCGUUGUCGUCCGUCCUUCUAGUCCUCCAUCCAACGGGUGAAGAUGGGCAGGGGCAAAAAAGAGAGGUUCCACAUUGGAUUGAGAUCCCCCUAGUUCACUGACAUAAGCCUGUUUUUUGAAAAGGCAAAGAAAUCGGGGGAGAGAAAUUAGCCACCCUCCCCACCGAACCUUUCGUCUCGCCGCCUUCUCUCAUAAAUCCUUUCCUCCAUCUUCUCCCAAAAAAUCCCCUUCCACCGUCUCUGAUUGGUGCGCCCCCAAAAACCUUUUUCCUCCAUCUUCUCCCAAAGACUCCCUUCCACCAUCUCCGAUCGUUUUUUGACGGCUGGUGUUGAGUGCGAAGACUUUGUUGUUUGGGGCAGAUGUAGUUCAGGCCCGAUUCGUCUCCGUUGAUUGCUUUUCCGGCCUGAUUCAUCGGCACUUUUGCUCCUCCCCACUUCGUCUUUUGAUAUUAAAUUCUAGUUAGCUAACCUAGUUUUUAUCUCUUUCUUGUUAAGUGCGUAGGCGAACCUCCUUCCGCCGUCGUUCCUUUCUGCGCCCGUGAAGACAAUCGACGGUGAGGUUUCUUUACAUUACUGGUUUUUCCGGCUGCUAUGUUGGAAUAAGCCACAUGCAGGCCUGUGUUUUUGGUUUGACGUGAUUGUUUGGUGUUGAUAUGAUCCACUGGUAGUCUUAAGAAUCGUACCACUGGUAGUGGUAGUUGCGGUACUGGUACCAACAACUUUGAUUGGUACCAAUAACAUUUUGCUUGAUAGUAGUAGUAUUUUACCAGUACCCUUCUACAUUGCUAGAAGUAGUUAAGAAUCGUAACAGUGGUGUGGUAGUUGUGGUACUGGUACCCACAACUUUGACUGAUACCAGUAACAUUCUUGAUUGUUAGUAGUAUUAUUUUAUCAGUAAUAUUUUACAUUGCUAGUAGUACUUAAGAAUCGUACCAGUGGUAGUUGUGGGACUGGUACCCAUAGCUUUGUUUGGUACCAGUAACAUUGUUUAUUGUUAGUGGUAGUGGUAGUUUUGUAUCAGUAACAUUCGACAUUGCUGGUUAUGUUUCUCAGCAGGUAGCAGUCCGCUUUGGGGACUCUGGUGAUCUGGUGUUGGGCCUAGUAGCAAACGGCCACGCAAUGAGGUACCAAAAUGUCUCAUCAAGAAGAAGAAGCAACAGACUGUACAGCCAAAUCCAAUCUCCUUGGAGAAGAAGUGCAGUCCGACUUCAAUCAUUGAGAUUGGGGAGGCUUGCAUUUCAAAUGAGAGGAAGGCGCUUAUCACGAAGCUCGGGCUAGGUUGAGUGCUCGAUUUGAAGAUGAAAUGGUUUGACAUCACAUUGCCGUGUUGGAUUACCAGACUAUUCGAUGAGGAGACAAAGUCGAUAACUAUGGAGGAUGAGGGCAGCUUACCUUCACUAUGGACGAUGUUGACAACAAUGGAGGAUGGGGGGCAACUAACUUUUACUAGUUUUUUGGGGGUUUGUUGUCUUUAAUUUGAUAUUGGACAAAGUAAUGUUUCUUACGUUGACACAAUUGGUUUCAUGUUUGAUUGUGAAAAUCCAGUAUUUUCUCCCUAGUGAUUUUUAACUACAUACUUUGUGCACUUCUGGUUUUAGAGAUAAAUCUUCAUUGGUACCUUUUUAGUUGUACUGCUACCAAAGCAAUGUCACUGGUACCAAUUAAAAGUUACUGGUACCAAAAUAAUGAUACUCGUACCAAAUCAAUGUUACUGGUAUCAAAAUCAUGACACUGGUAGCAUUAGUAAGACCGACACCAAAACAGUGCUACUGGUAGCAUUAGUAAGAUCGAUUCCCAACCAUUGUACUAGUAUCCAUUUCUAAUUCACAAUAGUAAGUCGUUAUCGGAAUUAAUUCUACUAGUUCAACCAGUGAAUGUUUAUUUGCAUUAUGAGCUCUAAGUAACAUUAAUUUGGUCAAUAGUACCAUGAUUUUGGUACUGGUAACAUUGGUUUGGUACAAGUAACAUUUUAUUGGUACCAAAAUCAUGCUACUAGUAACCAUUACUCAGUCUAAUACCAAAACAGAUAAAUUAACAAAUCAAACAAUGGCGGCAGUGAUUCCACGUUGAACUAUCGGAUGAGACGAUGGAUGACAACAAACCUGUAUUUAAAGAACAUAUGCAUUAGCAAAUCGAACAAUUUAACCUCCCACCAGUAUCCCUGUACCACUAGGGAAGUACCACUAACUACUACUAAAUGACUACCACUAAGGGAGUACCACUAGAUGACUACGUUACUACCACUAAAAAUGUACCAAUAGAUGACUACCAUUAGGAGCCUACCACUACAAUAAUACUACCACUAGCUAACUUGAAUCAUAACUACUAGUACAUUUUCACAAAACAAUAUUUGUACCAAUAGUAAAAUGGUACAACUGCAACAGAAGUCGUAACGCCACAGGUAAACCCUACCGCCAUUGUUGCCGUCCACGCCGUCGUCGACAUCAACCCCGUUCUCUGUGUUUUUGUACCGUUCAGGAUGAUCUUCGUUCACCGUCUCCUCCACGUCAAGAACUUCGUCAACGUCCACCAUGCACACAUCAUCGCCAUUCUACGUUGGGUUCGUUUGCUCAGCUACACAGUCGUAUAUAUCCUCGUCGUUGAUUGUCAGUGGGACGUUCAGUUCGAAUCCAAAUAUUCACGUAGGUUCGGCUCCCCCACUCACUGUCGUCGUCGUUGCUCAUGUAGUCGUAUGGCUAUGGCGGCCGUCGUGUCGUUGGUAUUUUCCGUAGCUAGAUGAAGGGUCUGGUUUGCUGAGGGAGAAGCCAUAAUUGGGAGGGAAAGAGUCCCAGUCCACACCGUCUCUUCCGCUCCCAAAUCACGUCCCCCAAUCACGUUCCCAGAUUCUCUCCAUGUAUUUACGUUUCAAUUUAAAUUAUUAGAAUUAGGUGCUUACUAAAAAGCCCUUCCUGUAAUCCUGACUGUUGGAUGAAGAAGGGAAACGGACGGCAACGAGGAGGGAAGCCAGAUUGACAACCCCUUAAGAGUUGUCACGCUAUCCGCUCCCCUCCACCACCAACAAUCCGAAAGUUAGAAAAUCCUCAUUGGUAGAAUUGAUCAAGACGACGAACUUACUUAGUAAUGCCCAAUAUGAUCACCCAAUUGACAAAACAAAAACCCAUAAUUAAACACCCAUCAAGAAAUCACCUGCGGCUAAGAAUCGAGUUGUAUUUUUGACCAGUGAAUGUGGGUAUAUAUCUGGAUUCGUCGUUGGAUGUCGUCUAUUCAUCGGGAUAUUAGGUAGCUGUGAAACUGCUGCUUGCUGGGUCCCUGUUGUGCCCUAGAAAUUAAACCCACCAAAAUGUGUUGCUCCAAAUGGCAGACAAUUUGCUGCUUGUACAUUUUCCCAGCCCCCAUUCGCGGCACCCAUUAUCGUGGCUAGCUACCACAUAGCACUGAAAAUUCCACACCCAGUACUGUUCCAAAAAUAGAAAGGCUCUCUUUGCAGGUUAAUCUGUCCACUUACUCCCACUCAGGGCGGAGCUAAGGUGAUCUAGAGUGUCGGGCGACAUCUCUGAAAUUUGGGAAAAAAUAAAAAAAUUGAGUCUCUAGUAGUACUCUGAAUUUAGAGUAGGAGCAGAUCUAUCGUCGUUUAAAAGUGCUCGAGAUACCCUAAAAUUUGGGAGAAAUUAUCGAUCUUAUGGAAGUAGUUUGAAUUUGGGGAGGGGAAGAUAAAAUGUGACAGUUUUUGUGAUUCGAACUCAUAAUUUGUAAUUAUUAGAGAGAAUGUUAGUCAUUAUACUACCAAAUAAAUAUUGUUAUAUUUAAAACAAAAAUGUAAUUAUAAUCUAAAACAAAGUAUAAUUAAAUCCAAUUUUUCCAAAAAAAAAAUAAUAUAAUAUAUUCAAACCCUAAAAACUAAAUUCACAAUCACCCAGGAUUCUGAUAUUGACAAAGCUUGCAUCACUAUCAAGUUGAAUUGUUUUACUUGGUUUUUGGUAUGCUAAUGCAAGAGCUGAACUACAUACCCCUUAUAUGGGGAAUUCUAAGUUGUUGACGAGUAUGACUUGUAUUAAUAUGAAUAAUGAGUUUGCAGUUUUUGACAAGAAGAAGCUCAUACGCCUUCCUCGAUUUUAUGCUAACGAGUAUGGUCACAUUUCUGACUCAUCUCUUUCACAACACUUUGAAAAUUAUUGUCAUUUUGUCAAAAUGAUGAGUUGCUCCUUGAAUUAAAAGGAAUCGAUGAAUUAGUUUAGAUUGUGGUGAACAAAAAACUAAAUUUAUCAGAUUUAUUGAUAUUUUUGCUUAUCAGAUUUAGUUGCGCGAGUUUGAAAAGUGUUUUUCAGUUUUGAAAUCUCUCUCCCUAGAAUAAAUGGGAAGCUCUCGACCUAUAGAAAGGAAUCUGUUCCAUAGCUCAAAGUUGUUUGUUACAAAAUAUAAACAACUGAAAUGUGGGAGUUCAUAAUUGCAUGCAAAUGAACAAUUGUAGCUAGG